CUACUGCAACUCUACUUGAAGCUCAACAUAGCUCCACGCUCAUUGCAACCUCCAGGCAACGCCCAGCGACAGCCGCAAUGAGUUAUCUGCUUCGUCGUCUCCCACUCUCACCAGCCGUGCGCCCCCUUCACGCGACAACCUACUUAUUCGCCGUACCCCUAUUCUCUAUCGCCUUCCUCGUCUUCCUCAACAGCAGUCUGAGCUUCCUGCUCACGCACCUCUUCCAUGUCUCGCCCAAGAAACUCGGUAGCAUCGUCGGCACCCUUGGCUUCGUCGAUGAGCUCGUCGCGAUCUUUGCCGCGCCGAUAUGGGGCCUUAUCAGCGAUGGACGCGUCGGCACGCGCGGAGUAGCGAGCAUGGGAUACCUCGCGAUAGCAGUUUCGUUGGUGCUUUCGGUGGAGCUGAAGAGCGUGUACCCGGGUUUAAUAAUCGGGCGGAUCGUAUUUUCCCUCGGUGCAGCAGCAGUGACAACGAUGGUUUCCGCGAUCCUACCUGAGAUGACGAAUCCUCCGUCCUUAUCGGAUGACGAAGCUUCGGAGUUAGUGGCGAAGCCUGCGCCGACGGGUCGGUUGGCGGGACUUGUAGGACUUUUUACGGGAUUCGGCGCGUUGUUGGCACUCGGGCUGUUUCUCCCUCUGCCUACGCGCUUCUCGACUCACCCCGGUGUCACGCCUGGGGCUGCGGUUAAGAUCUCGUACUUCAUCGUCGCCGGUAUUGCCGGUGUCGUUGCAGUGUGGUGCUACCUCGGCCUCCCGCCGCCUAGGAAUCCUGCGGCUGGAAAUACGUGGCACGAUAUCAAGACGUGGGUGUGGACGCGGAUCUGGGGCGGAGAUCCGGUAUUCGUAGCUUCUCCUGAGGACGAGGAUGGACGGCGGAAGGGAGCUGCGCAGGUGAGCGGAAUCCGCGGCCUGUUGGUGGCGGUGAAGUUGGCAUGUACGGAUGGCCGUAUCGGUGUGGCAUAUGUGGGUGGUUUCGUCGCGAGGGCAAGUUCGGUCGGGAUCAGUCUCUUCAUCCCGCUGUUUGUGAAUCACUAUUUCGUCUCCACUGGACGCUGUCAACCCACCGUUCCGGAACUAUCGAAAGAAGAGUGUCGGAAGGCCUAUAUCCUCGCCUCAACCUUAACGGGUACGUCGCAACUUACCGCGCUUCUCCUCGCGCCAGUUUUUGGUUACCUCACCGACCGCCUCUACACCACGCCCUCUCUCCGCAAUGUUCCGCUGAUCCUCUCUUCCGUCCUCGGAAUCGGAUCCUUUACGCUUUUCUCUCUUCUACCUACGCCGACCAGCCCUUGGGCGUUUGUCUUCGCCGCAUUUGCAGGCGCCAGCCAGAUUGGUGCCAUCGUUGCUUCUCUUGGCCUUCUAUCCCGCGGAAUCGUCGAGGUCGCAUUACCAGGCGACCAUCAUGUGGUUGACGGAGCUGAGCAACCAUUGCUGUCCGGUAGUGUGCGCCAGAAUGACAAGACCAGAGAGGCGUUCAAGGGCAGCAUCGCGGGCGUCUACAGUCUCUUCGGCGGUGUUGCGAUCCUGCUGCUUACCAAGGUUGGCGGUAAGGCGUUUGACGGUACAGUUGGUGCGCCAUUUUGGAUGUUGGCUGGAUUCAACGGCGUGCUUUUGGUUGUGGCGGUUGCGGAUGGAGUUUGGACGUGGAUUUGCGAUGGGCGGUAAUAUCGAGGACUGUGGACGGAAUUUUUGGAGGUUACGAGGGAUAUGAUACGGUAUACGAUUGGCGUAUGAUACGUUUGCCUCAUGCGUCUGUUUCUUUAAGGCGUUGUAUGUUUGAGUUUUUCUUCUGAUUUCUGGAUAUCCGCAUGGAGAUGAAUGAGUUUUUGAUAGUAGUUAAUAUACUUUUGGAUAAGUUUACUUUG